AUGGACGCCAAAGCCAGCCGUGAGGACUGUGUUUACAUGGCAAAGCUCAGUGAACAGAGCGAACGCUAUGAAGACAUGGUUAAAACCAUGAAGCAGGUGGCAGAAAUGAAUGCAGAACUCAACGUUGAGGAGAGGAAUUUACUGUCAGUGGCCUACAAAAACGUAGUUGGCGCUCGUAGAAACGCUUGGCGGAUAAUUAGCAGCAUCGAACAGAAACAAGAGCAGAAGGGCGGCACGAAAUCUAAGGUUAUGGAGAUGGCCAGGACUAACAUCGAAAAGGAACUCAGGGAAAUCUGUAAGGAGAUCCUCGACCUUCUUGAUAAGACUCUCAUUCCCAAGGCCUCGACGCAUGAAACAAAGGUCUUCUAUCUGAAAAUGAAGGGUGAUUACUAUCGCUAUGUUGCCGAAUUCGGAGUCGGUGAAGAGCGCCAGGAGGCGUCCGAGAAGAGUCUUGUUGGCUACAAAGAGGCAUUUGAAAUCGCCAAGGAACUUAGCUGCACUCACCCAAUCCGUCUUGGCCUUGCCUUGAACUUUUCCGUGUUCUACUACGAAAUUAUGAACAGUCCGGAAAGAGCCUGCAAGCUCGCUAAGUCUGCGUUUGAUGAUGCAGUUGCUGGACUUGACACCCUGUCAGAGGAAAGCUACAAAGAUUCCACUCUGAUCAUGCAGCUCCUUCGUGACAAUUUGGCUCUCUGGACCGCGGAAGCUUCUGGUGAAGGUUAG